UUGCGGCUGGGCUCGGCUCGGCUCGGCUGGGCUCGGCUGGGCUCGGCGGUGAGGAUAAGGAGGGCGCGGCUGCGGGCGGCUCUCGGUGCGCGGCUCUUGCGGCUUCUCUGAGGUGAUACCAGGCGAGACUAAGAGGUCCAACAUGUCGAGGAAUUUCUCUGACACAGGCAGCAGAAAAGAACAUGUUAAAAUCACAAGUGAGUCCAAACCAGGGUUCCUGGAGAGACUGAGCGAGACUUCUGGAGGCAUGUUGAUGGGUCUUGUGACGUUUCUUCUGGCUUUCUACCUUCUUUUUACCAAUGAAGGCCGAGCUUUGAGGACAGCCCAAUCUCUUGAUGAGGGGCUUUCGCUUGUGAUCCCUCUUGACAACAUCCACAGUGUGUCUCAGCAGAAUGAAGGGAGACUGGUGCACUUAGUGGGUGCUCUAAGUACGUCUAAGCCUUUGUUUGAUCCCAGCUAUGGGCUCUCCAUCCAGGCUGUCAAACUUAAGCGUAACGUAGAAAUGUACCAGUGGGUAGAAUAUGAAGAUUCCAAGGAAUAUGAAGAGAACGGUGAGAUUAAGAAAGAGACAAAGUAUUCAUACAACACUGAGUGGAAGUCAGAAGUUGUGAACAGCAGGAAUUUUGACCGAGAAAUUGGGCACAAAAACCCCAGUGCCAUGGCUGUGGAGUCUUUCACUGCUGUUUCUCCUAACGUCCAAGUUGGCAGCUUUGUUCUUUCCAAGGGUCUUGUGGAUAAAAUCGAUGACUUCAAGCAGCUGAGCUUGGCACACCUUGAAGAUCCCCAUGCUGAUGUUACCCGCGGAGGAGAUUACUUUUACCACAGUGACAACCCCAGGCGACCAGAAGUGGGAGAUCUUCGUGUCUCAUUCUUCUAUGCAGGUCUGAGUGGAGAUGACCCCUAUUUGGGCUCUGCUGAGAUGGUGACUGUGGUCGCUCGCCAGCGAGGAGAUCAGCUGGUGCCGUAUCAUACCAAGUCCGGAGAUGUCCUGCAUAUCCUGUACCCUGGGGACCUCACUGUGGAGGAAGUGUUUCAGAAGGAGCACCAGGGGAACACCAUGAAGACCUGGGCGCUGCGUGGAGCGGGCUGGCUGGCGAUGUUUGUGGGCAUCAGCCUCAUGACCCGAAUCUUCUACACUUUGGUGGACUGGUUUCCUGUUGUGAGAGAUCUGGUUAACAUUGGAUUAAAGGCGUUUGCCUUCUGCGUGGCCAGUUCGCUGUCACUCCUGACCAUCUCUGUGGGCUGGCUCUUCUACCGGCCCCUCUGGGCUCUGCUCAUCGGGCUGCUCUCUGUAGUGCCCAUUGUGGUGGCAAGAUCUCGUGUCCCACCAAAGAAGCAGCAGUGAGGAGGAGCUGCUCAGGGUUGGGCACUGGAUCCCUGAUAGGAGACUCCUCCAGUGCGUUCCUGUCCUGGUUACUGCAGCACGCUCACAGCGCAUUCCAGGCCAGCAGCGUUUGUGCAGCUCUGGGCAGGGGCUUGCUACACGUUACUCAUGAAAAUGGGACUCUGCUGGUGUUUGCAGAAGUCAGUGACAUUGACUUUUUAGGGGGGAAAAAGGCAUUUUGGAGUGUCUGUGUUGAUCAGCAAACCCAGCAGUUUGUACCUCUUAUGGCUCACUAGCUCCUGAUUUGAGCACUGGCAAGUCCUCAGUGACAGGCGAGGCACCUUCUGUGUCAUGGAGCAAGCACCAGCUUCAUCCUAUGGAGGUGAUCAGGUCUCCUUAGGAAAUACAUAUGUGCCUGUGACUAACCUCUCUCUGCAGCCUGUUCUCUGCACUGUCACAUACGCUGCUUUGGCUGAUGCAUUAGGAGGUGGGUGUGUGUGUCCAAAGGGGAACCACAACUUAGGUUUCACAUGAUGCUCAUGUAAAAUGUACACUUUUGGACUGGGGGUUUUCAGAGUGACUUGCAAUAACAAGCAGUCAGGUGCGUGUGCCCUGAAGCAGUGCAGAUUUGGCCCAAAGCAUUGAUUUCCCUCAGGUUUUUAUACAACUCCAAGUUGGUCUUGGUUAAGCAUCCAAAACAGAAGAAUGGACUUACACCACUGUGUAACUACAUCAGACAUGGACCUUUCAGUUGCACUUACUUAAGGGGUACUCCGAGGUCACCAACCUCCAGAAAUCAAGCCUGCUGCCUUGAAACAAAAGUAACUUUUAUAAUUGAAUGUAUAUUCUUUGUAUUUGGGGUUUUUUGCUGUGAGUAUUGUGUCUUUCUUGAAUUUCACUCAAUAAUGACAAUGAACAUACUCCAUGAAAUUAAACCAUGAAAACAA